AAGUUUUUGGACGGUGAGUGAAAACGACAAAAGCUCGGUGCGAGGCUGUGCGAGGUGUGCUGAUCAUCGGGAUGCACUCUUCUCGUGACAGUCUGCAAGGAAUUUGCUAAUACUCGACCCUCCGGCAUCGACGUGAACCGCUUCAGCUAUGGAAACGGUCAGCCCCGAACGACAGACCAACGCCGUCACAUCGAUAUCGACGACGAUGACGAGGUCUUCGAGGUUACCACUCCACCCCGUCCCAGCAAGCGCUUCACGCCUUCGACUACGUCUGCAGCAGGGCAGACAAAGAGACCAAGAGUCAGCGAUCAAGCUCGCGCACCUGUCGGAGCGAGGAACAGCAGUGGCAGUGGCGCUGCAGGCAGGACCGGGGGCAGCAGUAGCAGUAGCGGAAGAGCUGCUCCCUUUGGCAACUUUGGACAGGGCUUCUCGCCUCGAGGCGGUAGACCAGGCGGCAGUGGUGGCGGUGGUGGUGGCCGCAAUGGUCAGGGUGGUUUUGUUGGUCAGGGAAGCACCUCUCUCAGCCUGCAGUUGCCUCUGCCCGGUGCAGCAGCAGCCAAAAGGGGGAGGCGGAUGGCCUUUUGACCGGACUCGGUGAGGGCUACGCAAUAUACUUACUUCAUGAGCAGGGCUAGUUGUGAUGCCUGUCCGUCAUGUCCGUCAGACUGGUCAGUCGAGCGUGCAGUUUAGACCCUGAUGGGCGUCAACACGCCAAGCGUCUCUGACCAAGGAGUUAAGGUGACAAA